GGAGAGAGAAUCUUGGCGGAUUCCGAGCGCUGGGCAAGAGAAGUGGGAGGGGAGUAGAGCCGAGGGGGCGUGGGAUGCUGGAGGAGGCGGGCCUAGGGCGGAGUCCUGCAGGAGACUAGAGUAGGGAACCGAGAAUGGGGUCGAGGGCAAGAGAAAGCGGUAGUCUCUGGGCAGGAUAGCGGGGGCCUGGGAUCAAGUGCCCUGGUGGAAGUUUUUGGAAGCAUCCCCUCGUUAAGCCGUCCCAAAGUGUCCACUUAAAUGUCUUUAACUUAAGCAGUAUCUGCGUGCUUGUUUUCCGUAGUUGAGACCAUGUGUUGGAGCACGAAAGUGUCUCUGUGACACUUUGUCACAAUAUCUCCUCUAAAACGAAAGGCACAUUUUUAAUAAAAAAAAAAAAGUUAAAAUGUCACAUUACAUUUUAAUGUGUCUCUUUAGAUCGUAAGUGUUUGUGGUUAAUUACCACGACAGUGUGGUCCAGAGAGAAGAUGAUGUGUAGCCUUUCCUUACUUACUCCUCCUGUCCCUAAUUUUAAUAAAGCAAAGAGAUACUAGUCCGUAGGAGUGACCUGAUUUAGUUUACGAUUAAAAUAAAAUCUUAUACUUAGAUCCUGAGUAUUUUAACUAAGAUUUUAAGCUUCUGUAAAUUAUAAGAGCUGUGUAAGGCAAUUAAGUUAGCAGGAUUUAAUGAAUAAAUGCCCUUAAAUUUCUUGCUUAAAACUUAAUGUCAGUGGUUGCCCUAGGUAAGAUUAGUCUUCGCUACUGUGUUUUCUUAUCUGAAGAGAAUUUCUAUUAAAAUAUGCAAUCUCCAAGUGUAGCGAUUAUUAAAUAGUGACGAUUUGGAUUUAUGAGUUUGAAGUGAAUUCUCAGAUUGAAGGAACAAAAAGUAAUUGUAAUCAGUAAUUUUUAUUAGCGUAUUUGCUGAUGGUGGUGAGGUGACUAUAGAAUUCCCCACCUGUCAUGCUGAGCUGUUCCUUAUUUGACUGCAGAAGCUAUACUUCAGCAUUUUGGUCAGCUAUAUGCCUGUACACAGUAGGCAUUCAACAUAUGUCUGCUUAUGAUGGCUAUGUAACCUGAAGGGAUGAAGAGAAUAAGGAAGCAAUAAGAAUUAGAGAGAUUAUUGAAUACAGUGUUUGUAUAAUUAAUAUGUUAUCUAUAAAUUGAUCCUUUCUUAUCUAAAUUGUCUCCUGUCUUCACUCCUCCAUUCUAAUUUGGAAGUCAAAAGUAAUUUAUCUGAGAGCCAGGAGGUCCUGGGUUUAAAUUUUGCCUCAGACACUUCCUAGCUGUGUAAUCCUGGGCAAGUCACUUAACCCUCAUUGCCUACUUCUUGCUGCUCUUCUGCCUUGUAACUGAUACUUAGUAUCAAUUCUAAGAAAGAAGCUAAUUUAACAGGACAUGCGGAGAAAGUGGGAAUUGAAAAUUUUGAACUUCUGAAGGUUCUAGGAACAGGAGCCUAUGGAAAAGUAUUCUUAGUCCGUAAAAUAAGUGGUCAUGAUGCUGGAAAGUUGUAUGCUAUGAAGGUUCUGAAGAAAGCCACAAUUGUUCAGAAAGCCAAGACAGCAGAGCACACCAAGACAGAGCGACAAGUACUAGAGCACAUUAGGCUGUCACCCUUUCUGGUUACACUGCAUUAUGCUUUCCAGACAGAGACGAAACUGCAUCUCAUUCUCGAUUACAUAAAUGGUGGUGAGCUUUUUACUCACCUUUCUCAAAGAGAACGUUUCACAGAAAAUGAAGUACAGAUAUUCAUUGGAGAAAUCGUGCUUGCCCUUGAACACCUUCAUAAGCUGGGUAUUAUAUAUCGUGACAUUAAACUAGAGAAUAUUCUUCUUGAUAAUAAUGGCCAUGUGGUGCUAACAGAUUUUGGUCUGAGUAAGGAGUUCCUUGCUGAUGAAACUGAAAGAGCAUAUUCCUUUUGUGGAACUAUAGAAUACAUGGCACCUGAUAUUGUCAGAGGAGGAGAUGCAGGGCACGAUAAGGCAGUUGAUUGGUGGAGUCUAGGUGUUCUUAUGUAUGAAUUAUUAACUGGAGCAUCUCCGUUUACUGUUGAUGGAGAGAAAAAUUCCCAAGCUGAAAUCUCUAGGAGAAUCUUAAAAAGUGAACCUCCAUAUCCCCCAGAAAUGAGUGCUUUAGCUAAAGAUAUAAUUCAGCAUCUCUUGGUAAAAGAUCCUAAGAAAAGAUUGGGUUGUGGACCACGAGAUGCAGAUGAAAUCAAAGAGCAUCCCUUCUUUCAGAAAAUAAAUUGGGAUGAUUUAGCUGCCAAAAAAGUGCCCGCACCAUUUAAACCAGUAAUCCGGGAUGAGUUAGAUGUCAGUAAUUUUGCAGAGGAGUUUACAGAAAUGGAUCCCACAUAUUCUCCUGCAGCUCUGCCUCAGAGUUCUGAGAGACUAUUUCAGGGAUAUUCUUUUGUAGCUCCUUCUAUCUUAUUUAAGCGCAAUGCAGCUGUCAUAGAUCCUCUUCAGUUUCACAUGGGAAUUGAACGUCCAGGAGUGACAAAUGUUGCCAGGAGUGCAAUGAUGAAGGACUCUCCAUUUUACCAGCACUAUGACCUAGAUCUUAAAGACAAGCCCCUGGGAGAAGGAAGUUUUUCAAUUUGUCGAAAAUGCUUACACAGAAAAAGCAACCAAGAAUAUGCAGUCAAAAUAAUAAGCAAAAGAAUGGAAGCCAACACUCAGAAAGAAAUAACAGCUUUGAAACUCUGUGAAGGACACCCCAAUAUAGUGAAGUUGUAUGAAGUUUAUCAUGAUCAGCUUCACACAUUUCUGGUGAUGGAACUUCUGAACGGGGGAGAGCUGUUUGAACGAAUUAAGAAAAAGAAACAUUUCAGUGAGACUGAAGCCAGUUAUAUCAUGCGGAAGCUUGUUUCAGCUGUAAGCCACAUGCAUGAUGUGGGAGUGGUACAUAGAGAUCUGAAGCCUGAGAAUUUAUUAUUCACUGAUGAAAAUGAUAAUUUAGAAAUUAAGGUAAUUGAUUUUGGAUUUGCACGUUUAAAGCCACCUGAUAAUCAGCCUCUUAAGACACCGUGCUUUACCCUUCAUUAUGCUGCUCCAGAGCUCUUAAAUCAUAAUGGCUAUGAUGAAUCUUGUGAUCUGUGGAGCUUAGGAGUCAUUUUGUAUACAAUGCUGUCAGGACAAGUUCCAUUCCAGUCUCAUGACAAAAGCUUAACAUGUACCAGUGCUGUAGAAAUCAUGAAAAAAAUUAAAAAGGGAGAUUUCUCUUUUGAAGGAGAAGCCUGGAAGAAUGUAUCCCAAGAGGCCAAAGAUUUGAUUCAAGGACUUCUUACAGUGGAUCCCAAUAAAAGACUUAAAAUGUCUGGCUUGAGGUACAAUGAAUGGCUACAAGAUGGCAGUCAGCUGUCUUCAAAUCCUUUGAUGACUCCAGACAUACUAGGAUCUUCAGGAGCUGCUGUGCAUACCUGUGUAAAAGCAACCUUUCAUGCCUUCAACAAGUAUAAAAGGGAGGGAUUCUGCCUCCAGAAUGUUGAUAAGGCUCCUCUUGCAAAGAGAAGAAAGAUGAAGAAAACCAGCACAAGUACAGAGACCCGCAGCAGCUCCAGUGAAAGUUCUCAUUCUUCUUCCUCUCAUUCUCAUGGUAAAACUACACCAACAAAGACACUGCAACCUAGUAAUCCUGAUAGCAAUAAUCCAGAAACCAUCUUCCAGUUCUCUGACUGAGGACUCUUACAGUGGUAGGAAGAGAAUUGGUGACAUCCAUCACCUUUACUUCCCCCAGUUCAGAACUGAGAGAUGUUUGUUGAUUAAAAAAAAAAACCUGCCAUGUCCUCUUGCUCUCAUUUGAAUUCUGCCUUUUAAUGGAUUUCUUCUAAAUAACAUGUUUGGUUUGUCCUUGUCCUGUUAUUCUGGGCCCAGUAUAUUACUGUGAAUAGAGCUAGUAUUAACACUGUUUGGAAAUCAAGACUAAUACAAACAGUACUUUUCUUAAAAGAGCAAAGGUUUCCGUAUAUUAAAUUAGAGAUUUUUCCCAACCGUUUAGGUUUGAGCUGCUUACAAAAUAAGUCUUUAUUUAGAUGUCUGCUAACAGGAAUUGGCCUGUGCUAAGUAAAAUGUUUCCAACUCUGGAUGUCAUGGGGUUUCAAAGAAAACUUUGCACCCUUUGCAUAGUGACUUACCAGUGAAAAUGUCUGAUUUUUCUUAAGAAUUUUGUGAUGAAUUUCAUGUGUUGGAUAUAUUUGUUUCUUGAGGGAAGGUUUUAAUUUAUUGUUUCUAAUUUGUGGUUACAGAUGAUGAUAACCUGCAAAUGUAAAUCUUUUUCUAAAAAGGAUUCAAAAACAUAUGAUCCCACACUAUGUAUUUGGGAUCCAUAUGAGAAAUGCAUGUUAAACUAUAUAUGUUUUUAAUUUCACACUGCUCUUUCCUAGCAAUUUGUUUUAAUGGUUAUUGCAAUAUGUUAGGGUACAUUUAUCUCUUUUCUAAGUCAUAUUGCACUUUAUGAAGGAGUAUAACAAAAUAAAGCAGACUGUUUUAUAAAGUGCACAGAUUAUACCACAUGUACUGUAUUUUAACCAUUUUUUCCAUUAUCUACUUUAACUUACACCUCACAUCCCUCUUCUAUUUUUCGUAUGCAACAAAUAAAAUAGGCCUAACUAUAUGGUGAAAUCGUAAGCCACUUAUGCACUGAUGUGAGGACAAACUAAAGGGAAGUUUUACUAAACACUGUGCUUCAUAACUGUACACUGUGUUGUGCUACAGGGAGGGAUUUCCUCCUGUGGUAGUUUAUUAUGUAUAUAAUUAUUUUAGCAUCAUAAAUGUGAUUUGUUUUAAAACAUUUCAAUUAACUUUUAAAAUGAAAAACAUUUUAUAAAUUUAUGCAGAGCACUUUUAUUGCUCGAGUCCUGAACUAAUAUGGAAAUCUUAAGUGCUUAACUUUUUGUCUUAAGAAGUUUCAUUAAGAGCUUGCUGCAUUUUAAAGUAAAAUAAAUCCAUUCCCUAUGCAAAAAAAAAAAAGGUUAUAGGAACUGUAGUUAGAUUUUAUUUUACAAAAAAAACACAGGGAAUUAUAAAGACUCUGAAAUUUGAGAUUAACCAUGUUUGUAGGAAUUAUGUGUAGCAAAGUCAAGACUAAUGUGUUUUUCUGUGGUUUUUUAAUCAAUGAUAACCUUUUGAGUAUUUGGGAGAGGAUUUGGGCAUGAACUUUAUUUAUUACUUUCUUGAUGGCAACAUCAAAGAUAAUAGCAGCAUUAACUUUAGCCUGAUGUGAAUACUGAAAUAUUGCACUGUUUAUGUAGGAAUAUAUUUAAUAUUAAAUCAAUAUGUAAUUGAUGUCACUGGGAAUUAAAUGGCCAAUAUUGAUAUUUUCAAAAUAUUGAUAUAAAUUUUAUUCACAUUUUCUUCUUAAGAAUCAUUAAGAGUAAUUUUUUUUGUACUUUUGAAAGAGCCCAGUGGUUUCAUAAUUCUUAUUGAGUCAGGGAUGGUUAUUUGUAUACUAGGUAUUCAAGGUCAUAAUGGGAAAGCCUAGAAUGAAUUAUCACAAUCCACAAGCAGUUCACAGAAUAUGCAAAUGAAACACAAAUUUGUACUAUUAAUUAAAAUUCCUAUUAAUAGCAACAGUUAUUCUAGAGGUAGUUCUUUUUUUUUAACUGCACAGCAAAGUAGUAAAUAAGGCAAUUGCUAUACAGACCUAAAGAGAUUUUUCUUGAGUAAAGGAAAAUAGUUAAGAAAAAAGUUCAAACAAUAUCCUUUUGGUUGUGGUUGGAUGUGGUUGAUGGUAGUUUAAAGUAAACAUUAGAAACUGAUAAAUAUAAUUUUUCUUUAUUCUGUCUUCUGAUGGAAGAGCUUUAUAGAGAUAAAAUAAGCAAAAGACAGCACUAAUGAGAAAGGAAUGGUUAAGUUAAACCACAAACUAAUAACCCACUUCUAAAUGAUCAAAAUUUACUAUAAGAAGGCUUCAAAUUAAGUCCAUAAUGAUGCCUUCCUUUUCAAAAUUCUCCCUCUCCUAAUUAUAAAUACCAAAAUGUCACUAUUUAAUGUAUUAUGCUCUUAUAAUUAGUGCCAUUAAAAUACAGAUUCGAACUAUAUUAUGUAAUAAGUUACAUUUUGAAAUUCAUGCUUUCAGGCCACUGAAAGAAAAAACAGUUUUCCCAUAUGCAAAAUGUUAAGAUGAAAUGACUGCCUUUUUUCAAUAAAUAAUGAAAAUGCAUGUGAACAAACCAAAAAGAAAUACAGGUGUACCAAAUUACCAUAAAUGUGGCAUAUAGAUUUAGUCCCACACCAUAAUUCCUACCAACUCCACCCCUGCCAACUCCCAUUGCAUUUUUACUAAAUGAAUGUUCUUGUUUGGGAAAUAUGCAACUUGACCUGCUUAUAAGUUCUAAUUAAUUGGGACUCUAUUUUCUUUUGAAACUUAAUAUCAGUGAUUGAGAUAAAAGGACAAAGAUGAUACUUUAGGAAAGAAACUAAGAAAUUGAAGAUCAGCUUUUUAGCCUUAAAGAAAUCAUGAUUCUUCAGAGUCUAUCAUUAUUCAUAAGAUGAGCUCCUUUUAGUUGAAUAAAUAUAUAUAUUAGAUAUAAUGAAAUUCAUUAACUCCUUCCAGUAAUUAUGGGUCACACCUCUAACAGAGUAAGUUAAUAAAUUAUAUCUCCAUUUUCCUGAAACAUUUCAUGCACAUCCUAAUAUGCCUGCCUUGAAUUCCAGUAUUUCCCCCUUGAACUUUGUCUUAAUUUUAAUGCUUCUAAUAUUUCUGGUGACUACAUAAUGAAUGCUUUUAAUUGUAUGAGAAAUUAUUUUAAAAGACUAGUAGCAUUGUAAUAAUUUUAUUUAUAGAAGACAAAAUUUAUUUUGAAUGUCACAUUAUUUUAAAUAUAUCCUCAAAUGUUAUUUUACAAGAGCAUGACUACGAUUUAGUAUGUUCUUAUUCACCUCUUUCAGUUAGCUACUUUAAAAAUUCAACAGGAAACAUGUUUUUAUGAGGGGACCAUUUCUAAUUUAUUGCUCAUUUCUUUUACCCAGGAUUUGUUAAUUAUUCAGUGUGGUCUUCUUUUGGCCAAUAAUAAAAGAAAAGAUUUGUUUAAUCAAAUUCCUAGUAAUUAUUAACUCCUAAAUAGCUAAGUUUAUUUAGGGUGAGCCACUUAAAUUAUGGAAAAUAAUGAUCUUGUAAGUGAAUUGUAUUACAGUGUUAUUAAAUAUCUUUUCAUUUUAAAUAAUUUGUAUAUAAAUUUGGAAGUCAUAUUACUAAAUCAUAUUGGAAUUUGCUAUUUAUUUCCCUAUGAUAAUUAAAUAUAUCUUUCGUAUGUGUGUCCUUUUCUUUAGGGAACUGGCUCUUAAAAAAUUAACAGCAGAAAAUGACUGAAUCAAGAAUUUUCUUAGGAGGCAGUUUCUAAAUUGUUAGGGCUCAAGGAAUGGAAAAAUUAACAUUGGAAAAGAAAUGUUUAUCAAGAUACUCCAAAUAUUCUUAACCCAAAGAAAAAAGUCUCCACAACUACCUUGUAGGUUUUAUUCAACUGUUCAUUUUCCUAAUCAACUUCACCUGAAAAUAUAGACAUACUGAAUAUAUCCCCAAAAGAUAGUUUCUUUAUAAAUUGCUUUUGGAAAUGGAUCUCAAGAGGAAAGGAGCAACUUUUUCACUGUAAGAGCACUUCACAAACCUGAUUUCAGUCAUUCUCUAUAGCAUUUUGACUUCUGAGUUUUAGCAAGUGAUUCUUUCUGGCCUUUAUCCUUUUUUCCAUUUCUUUGUUCCCAAUUGUAUUUUUAGUGAGGUGCUUGCCAUUGCACUUCGUUUCCUUGUCUAAAGUUGUUUGUUCAUACUAUUUCAUGAAUCUGGAAUUUGGCCAGAUACUGUUGCUCCAUAUGUUGCUUCUGUUAGACUUAAAAUGAACAUAUUUUUUUGAACCUAAAACUUAAAAUCAACUGUUUCCUUUUUCCAAAAUCUCAGUUUUUAAAGUACUUUUUUCCUUUGAAUUUGGUACUAUUCCAGAGAACCUAGGACAUGUAGUUAGACUAUAAGAAAUACAGUUCAUACAACUAUUUCUAAAAUAUUUGGCUUCUUCCUACCCAUGAAGAAUAGGUGAAGAUAUUAAAAAAAAAAUAGUUGAUACCUGUAAUUCUGCUUCCUAUUUUUACAUAACAAUAUGUGUAAGGACCCAGAUUUAUAUGUGAAAGCAACAUGUAUUUAAAAAAAAAAAUAAGGAAAGCUCUUACUGCUUAAGAUUGAACACUUCUAGUUUUUUAAGACUAAAAGAAAAUGUUAAAGAUUUGAACAUGUUAGUGGAAUGCUUAUAUUUUAAAGAUAAUUGACUAGUAUAGUGUAGGUCAAAUGUGUUUCUACACCUCUGGACAUUGUGGCAAUAGUAUUUACAUUUGGUUCAUUUUCUUCUUGUUAUUAAGGCUCUUCUUUGUGUACUUUAUUUGAUUUUUACAAAAUCUGUCAUCUCACCAAAAAUUCAUUUUCUUUUUAGAUCAUUCCCUAAAGGUGUUUCUUUUUCUUUUUUUAAAUCCAUAUCCAUUUUUUAACUCAUCUUAGACUCAGCCCCCCAAAUGUAUUUUGAAAUUGCAUUAUUCAGGAAAUGAAAUGUGAGCUUUAUGAAUAGUAUUCUAGUACUUGAUUUCCUACAAUAAGUUGAAUUUCAGUUUGCGGCAAAGAGGUAUUUUUUUCAAAAAUAGACAUAUUGCUUUGUAGUGUUAUCAUAGUUUUUCGUAACACUUCAUCAAGCUUUAAUAAACCAUUUUUCCAAAGAUUUUCAAGUGACCUGUUUCACAAUUAUUUUUCAUCCCACUAAGGGAUACUUGGGUACUUUUGACAUUUAUGAUUACAUUUUAUUUCAAGGCAAGAGAUUAGAUUAGUAGUCAUUUAAAAUUUUAGUGGCUAAUUGUAUGAUUCUAUUAUUAUUGUUAUUAUUACAUGUGACAUUUUAAUUUUUUUUAAGUACUGGUAUACAUUAUGGAGUUUGAAAACAGACAUUUCCCCCUCCUAAUUGACACUUUGAUAUUUAUGCUUGUUCAGGUUCCACAGUGAAUUUGGAUAGAUUAUUUUUAUAUGUAUUAUAAACACAUAAUCCAGUGAAAUUAAAAUUAAAGUGCAAAAUAGUUUUUGUUUUGAUAAAGAAAAUAUAAAGGUGCUAUUUUGUUGAAAAGGCGUUUGUUACAAUCCCCAAUUGUAAGAAGUCCUUUUUCUUUAAAAUAUUGCAUAUUUUGUGAAUUUAAGAAAAAAAGGUAUGAUAGAAAACCAAAUGAACAUAACAUAGGAAUUUUAAGUCUUUUAGAUUUUUAAUUUGAAAAAAAAAAAAACAGUGCCUUUAAACUUCUACUUAAAGCUCUAUAUUUUCUUAAACAUUGUGUUUUUAAAAUUAAUUUUAAAAGAAUACAUUUUAGAUUACUAGAAUUUUAUUCUAUGUAACUGUGUAAAUUCUCCCACAACCAUAAGCAAGGAUGAGAAUGUUAUUUUAAAUAAACUUUUCCAUUCAUUAUGUCUUAGCAAAAGUAAGUUAAAAAUGGUUGGACAGAAGCAUUUUUGUGACUCAUAGACCACAUUGAUAACUAAGAAUAAGCAUAUCCAUUGUCAUUUUUACCACAUUUUUAGUUGAUUUUUUUCACAUUUGUGAGUGAAUUUUCUUUUUUCUCCCAAACAUUUUUCUGUUGCCCAUCCAUGUCUUAAAUUUGUGCCACAUACACAUUGGCUUGACUGUGCUGAUAUUUCACCAUAGUGCAUUGUCCGCUUCUUGUUGCUCACAUAGAAAUUAAAAUUUAUGGAUAAGUAAAUAAUUUUAGAGACCAGCAAAUUGGCAGGAAGUUGAAGAUGGCAGCUUUUCAAAAUGGUUUUGAGUUAUUAUCUUAUUACUAGAGCUCUAGUUAGCUUUUACUGAAACCAUGACAAUAAAUUUAUUUAUUUAUUUUAAAACAUAUGAGUAUUCAAGGGCUAUUCACAACUUCUAUACUGGCUCAAUGAAGUGAUUAUCUUCUAAAUAAAGACAUUUAGGCAACCCUUUUCCCCAUUUACCUGCCUAGUAACACUGUAAUCAAUGCAAAUCAAAGCAGGAGGAACUCAAAUGUAUUUAUCUAGGGGCAGUCAUUUAAUCAUCUUGAUGGACAUGUCAGAUAUCACCUUUGUUUUAGGACAAUCUAGGAAAUGCUGACUCAGUUUGCAACUUUUUUAAACCUCUGUUAGGAAUGCAGUGUAUUUAUUAAAUGCUGUUAUUUCAAAAAGGUUACUUGGUGCUAUCUGUGUAGAACUUCUUGUUGUAAUGGAUCAGACUAUUGUUUGGGAUUUUAUACAUUUACACAUUCAGGAAAGACCAAGAGAAAAGGUUAUGUGGUUAUGUUCUAAUACUUAAUGUGGUUAUGUUAUAUAACUCCAAAUUAAGACACAAAUGGCCUAGAAAUGCUUGUGAUUUGGUGACCACAAAGCUUUUGUUGUUUGGAAUGUUGUGUAGCCCAUCAAAGACUAAAAUGUGUUAUUACACUUUACCACUUGACUAAGGAAGGUAUAAUCACUUAUCAGGAAUGUUGUCAAAAGGAUUCAUUAUGUAGAUUUGGAGGUAAACUAAGUCAUUUCUGAGUUUCCUUCCAAUUCAAGUUUCUAUGCUGCCAAGAUGAAUGUUUUUGAAGAAUAGAUUAGUUCCCCUUAUGUGGGCAUCUACAUUAUAAAAACAUCUCAUUUUGCAGCAUUUCAUUUGAUUGUUUGAAAUCAAAUACCAAAGAGUAAAAGGGUAAGGAAGAAAUCUAGCACCCUUCACAGAAGCAAACAUGAUACAUGGCCACCCCUAAAUCCAAAGGAAAAAAAUAUUCUGACUAUAGCUUUCUACUUUGACUUCAGCUUAUAAAUGGGUGCCUUUUUUCAAAAUAAACUAUGAAGCCACUUAGAAAUUGCUUUAAAAGACUAAAAUGGCUUACAGUUGUUUUAUUCCAGGAUUUGAAAUUGUCACAACAAAAAAUAGAAAAAUAUAUAAUUUAGGAAUUUACAAUUAUUACACACUUAGUAGAUUAGGGUAGAAGUGUAAAGUAUUUUUCCCUUGAUCAUGGUUCCUUUCUAAUUCAAAAAGGUUAUCAGAUGGAUUGAUUUUAUAUAAUAAGGGCAAAAUAAGUACCAAUUUUGUAGUUUUCUGUCCUGUUUCACAGAAUCUAUGAAUAAUAGUACUAGGAGGCUAGAAAAUUAUUUCAACUGGUUGGACCACAGAAGUAAGUUUUAUUCUCAAGGCACCUUAAAAAUUCUUAGCCACCUGUUGCUAGCUAGUCCCUCCUGAAGUACUUCCCAUUUAAUAGUUAUAAGCUAUCCUGUGGAUGAAGCUAUAACUAUUAAGAUAUAAUAAAUUUCAGUACAUGCUAUUCAGGGAAUAUCCACCUCCACACUGCCUUUCUUUGGCAUCAACUCUGUUUUAAAAAUAACUACUGCUAACACUGGGGAAAAUCCUUUGCUACAGGCAGAAUUUGAAUUUUUUUGUGAAAAUGUAGAUUUUUGUCCCUUGCAGAGAAAGUCUGAAAAUUUUUCUCUGGGCUUUUGAGCAGUAUUAAAGUAUUAAAGUGGUAUAUACUUUAAAGGGGGCUACCUCUUCUUUAACAAGACUGUUAUCUCUAUUACAAGGAUUAAUUAUUUUUGUUGCUCUCAAAUGAAGGAGAUGCUAAGAUGAUUCCCCAGAUUCACAAGCAUAUUAUUUUAUUAGUGCUUUUCUCAUAUCUUUCUUCUCCUACAUUUCUGAUAAAACAGGUUUGUGUGUGUGCAUGUUAUGUCAAUAUCUCAGAAAUGUUUUUUUAUUCUUCUAGUCACUUGCAGCAGUUUCAUUAUAUCAAACAUAAUACGUGAAAUAAAAUAAAUAUUGGAUUUAUUUAGAAAUUAAUUCUUAAAAUGUUGCUAUUUGCAAUUUUAUAAUUUUGUCCCUUUUAAUAAUAUUUUCUUCCUUUGCUCCAACAUUAUAUCUAGUAAAUGUUUUCUCUUCUUUAUUCUAAGUGUAUAUAUACCCACUAGUUAUAAUUUUAAUUAUUUCAGUAAAAAAUUUCAGUAAAAAAAUUUUUUUUUAUUAACUGAGAUGACUCAUGAAAUCCAGCUUUUGUUAAUGAAAAUGCAAUAGAGAUUUAAAGAAAAAAUUAUUUAGGCUUUGUAUAUACUUCAAAAUAAUUUUAUUUAAAAAGUUAAUAUUCUUUAUUAUUUUAUACAAAUAUCUUUACUUGUAUUGGGUAUAAAAGUCAAGGAUUUACAAAAUUCGAAUGGCAAAUGCUUUAAAGAUAUUUUAAUAGUAAAUGUAUAAGAUAUUUCCUUAAAACAUUUAAAGGUAAAUUUGUUGUUUAUGGGACAGCAUAAAUAUAUUAUUGCAUAAUUAGUAGAAUCACAAGUAGAUUUAUUAAGAAAAUUGAUAAGCUAAAAAGAUGGAUAAGUACACAAUGUAAUUUAUAUUCUAUUGAAUCACUAUUUCUGAUAUGAAUAUACAGAUAUAUAAUAGUUAUAUGUUUGUAUAAAAUAACCAAGUAUAAGUUUUCUGGGUUUUUUAAAUUAUAAAGUGAUUGCCUAUCACAUGUAAUCUUGAACUCAAUUUUGCUCUUCUGCUAUCAAGUCAUUAUGAAUAUACUAACUUUCAGAAGCACUCAAAAGAUUUUAAUGAUAUAUUUAGUUGAAAACAAAUUUAAAAUGGGUUAGUUUAGGCAUAUGUGUACUUAAAAAUCUAAUAAGUUUUCAGUCUGAGUGUAUGUUUUGUGGUUACAAGAAGAAAUCUUUGAAAAUUAACUUUUGUAAUAGUUUCAUGCUAAGUUCAGGAAAAUAAUGUAUACCUGUCAUAUGCCUCUUCCUCUCCUACCCAAAGGUCAGAUAUUUUCUUCAAAAUACAGAAACACAUUUGGGAAUUUUCAAUAUCCAGCUGACUAUGUUAAAGUACUAAAUUUGGAUGACCUAUAGUUUAAAAUAAUGGAAGCUAGAAAGGAGAAUUUAAAUAUCCAAAUGAUGUAUCUGGCUUUGAAAAAAUCAUUUUAAAUUAUACCUAUCAUUUGUAAAAAAUAUUUUAUUUUAAAAGUAUUCAGAUUACCAGUUGGUGCCUACAUCACCUAAUUAACUUGUAAGAAACAUUCCUGAAUUUCUCAUCUAUUUAUGUUACCAUAUAGGAACCUAUCUUUUAGAAUGAAUUAUACUUGAAUAAAAAUAUGAUUAGGCUCUCAGCCAUGUUAACUUUAACUUCAUUAAAAUAAACAUGUAGCCCAGAGUAAAAAAUUAUAUUUCACAAAGAAAUUAAGCCUGUAAAUAACACAAUAAUUUCCAAAAGGCCGUAAGAGAGAUUACAGAUGAUAAAACAAACAUCUUACUGAGUGUUCCCCACACAAAUGAAAUUACAGGUCUUGGCCUUAAAAAAGAAAAAUAAUUCAUUAAAAAGUUUUAAAUAUACUUGUCAUUUUUUAAAUGUUUUUCUAAUCAUGUUUGAUUAAUUUUCACUUGGUUCUAUUUUAAAAAUAUAAUGAAAUUUUCUCCAAAUACUCUUAGCAUAAAUAAUAUCCUUCACCUUCACCUUCACAAUAUCUGAAAUGUCUUAGUCCUAAUGGAACUAACUUUUUAAAAUCCAUGUGCCCUUCAUCCUCUUUCUUAUUUUUGGUGAAGCAAUCAGAAAUAUCAAAAUAUUAAAGACAAACAUAUUUUGUUUCAUAAUAUAAAUCUCUAUUUGAAGAAUAGGAAAUAUAGAGAGAAAAAUCUCAGCAUCAAAUUCACUAAAAAUGCACUUACAUCUGCUUGACUCAGUUAUGAUAAUUCAAUCAUUUGACUCUCAGCUUCCCCUGCUGAGAAUGCAAAACAAAGGGAUUGUAUCUAUAAAGUUCCUUCCAGUUCUGACAGUUCAUGAAUCUACCACAUCCAGAAUAGCACAGAUUUCAUUUUGUGAAUAAAAUAAAUCAAUGCUCUCUGGAGCUAUUCUAAAAAGAAACUAAUACAAUUUUGAAAUAGACUAGGUUAUUAGUAUAUGUAUAUUAAUAUCUGCCAUUUUUUUUCAUUUUUUGGUCCUUGUGCCAUCAUAAUUACAAUCCUUUUUUGAUUACUGAGAAAAUAUUUAUUUUUACUUUGCAACAGACCUCAUACUUAUUCUCUCAAGUAUAAUUAAAAGAGAUUUCUAACAAUCUUUCAGAAUCUAAUCAUAUUAGUAGGGAUUCUUUUUACUGUGCAUACUUAACAAAGAGUUUGAUCAAAAGAAUAAUAAUUAUUUCCAACACAGGAAUAGUAUAUAACUAAUACUCCCUAAUUAGAAGACUACUGGAAUUUACUUUUGUUAAAACAAAUUUCUUUCUGUUUAGAACAGUAGUGUGUAGCUUUCUGAUAGUGCAAUAUUUACCUACCAUUCUGAGAGGAAGUAUAUGAUAUCCCAAUUAAUGACAUUUUACAUUUUCAAAGUGCUUUUAAAUUACUUGUUACUAAAAUAGGUUUUAAUUUUAAUAGGCAUCUAAAAUAAACAUAUAACAACUUCCUUAUAAGGCCCAGUAUACCAUUAACUAGUUGAUUGUCCAUAAAUACAGUCAUAGGCCAUCAAACUGAUAAACAGUUUGAAUGAAAUUUCAAUUGAAGCAUCACCUCCUAAUGAGAUAGUAUUGAUAAUGUAUCUUCAACUUUUUUGUAAUUUAGGCCUACAAAAUUUCAUAUUUCUAACUCUAAGAUCAACAAAAUGUAUAAUUAUUUUAUGUGUGUUCUUUGAAUCAUUUAAAAGAACACUGAGAAAAUUGGAGCACUACUUGUUUUAAAGAUGAAAGUAGAGUUUUAAUAGCAAGCUUGUCAUGAAUUCACAAAUUGUAAUAAAAUGGAGAUUAUUUUACUUCCACUUCACUAAUAUCAAAUUUGUGCCUUUGUUCAGAUUUUAAAUAUUUUGCUGAUCUAAUUAAAGGUGAUUAGCAGUACCCAGCUUACCUUUAAAAAACUUGUCUUUUAUAAAGGAUAAAAGAUUUCCUUCCAAAAUAUUUUAAUAAUAUCUUUCUUUAGUAGGCCUUAGCUUAAACUAGAACCAGAAUUGCAUGAUGUGAUCUUCUACUAUGACAAUUCUAUGAAUACUCCUGAAAAUUUCAUGAUGCAGAAUUACCUAGUGGAUAGCAUUUUAUGCUAAGGAUGUAGAGAAACUCCUUUGUAUUCUUUGUUCCACCAUUAACAAUAUGACCUUUGGCAACUCCCUUCCAACUCUGAUUCUGACAAUCUCCCUAUGCACUGUUAGGCUACAAAUUCAUAUCACCUAAUGAUGAGGACUGUUAUUGAAGUACAGAUUUUGGAUUUAAGAAUACAUUGGUCACUUCUAUAAAAAGUUUCCUCAUUUGCUAAAAUGAGGGGGUUAGACUAGAUGAUUUCUCAGGACUAUGUCCCUAAAAAUUCAUGGAAAUGGACUUGACACCUUUUGGAAUCAUAAACAUGUUCCAGAAACAUGAUAUGGAAAGUAUGGUAGAAUCCUGGGACAGGAAUGAUAGAUAAAGUUGUCAACACAAAAAAGAAACACACAACUUGUAUAUGUCCCUUUAUCAAGACAGUUCAUUUCAACAUAUAGACCAUGAAAGGUUUCAGGGACAACUUCCAUAAGGUCAGCUUGGGGAGCUGGACUCUUAAUGAUUUGAAAGGUGCCAGAGAUAUGGAAGAAGAGCAUCCAUCUCCAGCUAUCUUUCUCACCUUGAGGAUUUGUGUCCAUUUUGGUCAAAACUUGUAUUAUGUUGGAUUAUAUUAACACUCAUACCAUUGACUUCUAUCAUCCUUCAUUAAUGGGGAGUCUACUCGAGCAAAGAUUCUUUCCCGUAGAGAACCCAAAGCUGGUACAAAUUAUGUGAAACAUAGAUAUCUUAAGAAAAACACAGAUAUCACCACUAGGAAAGAGACCCAAAGACUGAGGCUACAAAAAAUAGAAAUUAAAUUCUGCCUCAAGUUACAUAAGUCUUGUUCACCAGCUAGAGUAAAAGAGGAAAGAAAGGAAAAGAAGAACACUGUCCAACAUAGACUGUCUGUCAUCAAAAGAAAUCCAUUUUGUCAUCUUUGGGGAAUCAUGGUAUGCUCAGGUACUACAAGUUUGGUUAUGGAUGAAAGAACUUUAUAUUUUCUAUUUUUAUUUCAUUAGGAUCAUAAAAACAAUAAACUCUUCAUCCCAAUAACAUCUUGGGAAUGACAUAAUUAAUCUCGUUAAAAUCCAAACAACCUUUUUCUGUGUUGUAGUUUCCAUUUUAAGAUGGAUUGGAGUCUUCCUAAUGGUAAUGGACAAUUGUCUUUCCCCCCUUCUUUUUGAUUGUUUUAAACAGCUAAUUGUACAUUUGAUUCAAAUCUGCAAUACCUCAAAAUAAUUAUUCAGAUAGCACAACCACUAGAAAGAGCACUAGAUUUAAGACUAAGGAAAACUGAGUAGUACAAUUCUUCCACUACCAGCUAUCAAUCUUGGGUAAGUCUCUCUGAGCCAAUGUGUAUCUAUAAUGUGAGGCCUAGAUAAUCUCUAUGACUUCUUCUGGCUCUGAAUUCUAUGAUUCUAAGAUCGGCUAUGUCUGUAUAACAAAAAGCAAAAUAUGUUUAAAUCCCCCAUUUAAGACUUUUUUCAGGCAUUAACAUAUACUUGUGUUUAACCUAGUUCCCAGUUUGGGGAUUAUGUCUUUGACACUUGUCCUCUUGGUUGCCUGAAUAGCUGUGUCUUUACCUUUCUAUCAAAAUGAUAGGAACAUCUAGUAAAUCCAGCUCAUCACUUGGUCUGUAUAUAUUCUACUAAUUAAGACAGAUUGCUCAGCAGCAAUCGUGGUGAUCAUUGAUUCUUUAUGCCUGCGUUUUCUUGUUGACUCUGUACUAUCUGAUUUUUCCACCUUAAUACUAUGCCUCCUCCAUUUCUUCUACCUCUUCUUGCCCCAACUCUGUACAUGAACUGCUUUGAUUCAAGAGUUGGGUACCAAAAAAAAAAAAGCUUAGUUCAGUAGCCUAAAAUGAUAUAACUGAGCUCCUAGAUUGGAAAUUGCUUUAGAUAUUGCUCAUUUUUUUCAUGUUUAAAGUUGAAUGGAGGAAACUUUAUGCAAAAAUCCAUUUUAAUAUUUACAGUGGGUCUUCUUUGAUAAAGACUUUGGGUAGAACUGAUAAGGUCACGAACAUAUAAUUAAUAUUUCAGCAUGUUUGUUCUAAGUUAUAACUCUUUGUAGAACCCAAGACAGUUUAUGCAAUGAAUAAAGUUAUUCUAUAUAUCAAAGAUCAAUUUCAGUUUCUAUCUCCCUCCUAUAGGAAACCAUUUUAUUAUUAUAAUUAUUUAAUAUAUCUAUGGUGAUUCUUCUUUAAGAGAGUGACUUAAACAUUUAGUCAUGAACUUUACUCAUUUCUUGGCCUAAGAUUUAUAUCCUUUAUAUGCAAACCUUUAACUAUGGCAAGUCACUUUUUAGGACUGAUGACUUCUAGCUGGGCUAGAACUUUAAGGUGUUAAUUUAUUGUGUAACAUUGAACUUUGGUUCUUCCAGAAUUAUUUAGAAAACAAAAACUUCCAAUUCAUUUCAGAUUUUUUAAAAUGUACAUAUGCUCAGCUAUAUUAGUGUUCUUUGUUUCAUUAUGAUAAUAAUCAGCACUGCCAUUAAUUUAAACUAUACAGAGUUAAGGAUUUUUAUACUAUGGAUUAUUUAUUGACAGAUUUAAAGAGUAGAUACUUGUCUCAUUUGUGAAAUGCAUGUAUUUUUCCCCUCAUGUCUUGAAGUUUGUUUCUCCUUUGUAUAGGCAAGUACUGAAUAAGUUGUAUCAACUUGACAACACAUGUAUCAAAAACUAGAACACGUAUUGUAGACAUAAAAUGUGUUUUAUUGCUUUUGAAAUUCUGCUAAAAAGCUUUAUAUGUGGAUUUUAUUUUUAACAAAGCAGUAAAGGGCUUACUUUUUACCAACAUCUUAUGUGUAUUUGUUCUAGCUGAAAGAAAAAUAAUAAACGUGUCAGUUCCAAAUA